AUGUUUGAUUGCUUGUUUACUACGUCGAUCAGAAAUUCAAAAAAUUAUAGCCAUUUGUUUGAUUUAUUAGACAAAACAUACGAGAGCUUAAAAAAUAAAAAUAACAAUGAAUCUGAUUUUGGUGCAUUAAACAAAAUUCCUUUUUGUUCUAGUAUCGUUUCGGAGACAGAAAAUCCACUAACUGUAACUACCCCCUGCCAAUCAAUCCCUAAAGACGUUGAUCAUUCGAAGAUAUUUUUAAAAGGGCUCGGAGUUUCUGACAAUGAUAUCAUAUUCAACAUUAUUUCAACUAUAUGCUCACAUCCAAUUGCUGUUAUGAAUUGGAAAAAUCUUUUAAAUGAAUUGAUAGGAUGUAAUACUAUUGAUUCUAUUGGUAUUUUUAUGAACAAUAAUAAUUCACAUUUACAAAACAAUGAUUCAAGUAUGAAGGAUUUUGGAGAUUUUCUGUGGUGUACAUCAAAUUGUCGUCGUGGUCUCUUUCACUUUUUCUCAAUUAAUAUAAUUCGAAAUUUAGAAAAUCGUGGUUCUCCUCUCAAACGAUCAUAUCUAGUGAAUGUUGAUACUGGUAAAUUUAAUGCUCAAUUAAUUCGUAAAUUAGUCACAGAAAAAUUAAUUCCAACUUUACAACAUUUUAAUCUUUGGAAUUUAGCCAAUCGAAUUCAAACACAGAUUGAAUACAAUGAUGAAAAUACUUAUGAUUCUGUGAAAAACUCUAUUUUGAAUAGAUGUAGCCUUUUGUAUAUGAAUAGUUUUCCUUUGAAAUUACUCAAUUCUACCUGUCAUAAUAAUAUUAACAACGAUAGUAAUUUACUGUUUGAUCUAAAUCAACCUAUUUCAUCAUGUGAUCUAUUAAAAUCUUGUCCUCAAUUUAAUUAUGCGAAAUCUUUACUUUUCUCAUGUAUUGAACCAAUAUUUCAUCAUUCUCUUAUACUUUUGGAUUGGCCAUUUCUACUUCAUCAAUUAAAUGUUUGUUCUAAUUGUAUUUUAUAUUUACUCACUUGCCAUUCUUAUUCACAAUCUACUAAAAAUAGUAAUAGUACUUUAUUAACUGAAUCAAGCAAUUGUAAUUCUUUUUAUCAAAAUAUUCAAGAUGAGAACAUUAAACAUAUUGCAUUGGUUAUUGUUUUUUGUACAAUCCUUCAAAAUACAUUAUAUCAAAAAAUUAUUAUAGAUCAAGAUCAUCAAACUUUAAGUCAAUCUAUACAAUCUAUAAGUGAAAGUGUUCAAAAGUCAUGUGUAGCAUCUAUAAUUCAUACGAAAUUAUUACCAGCUCUACAAUGUCUUGAUUUGAAUGCAUUACAUGGUGAGAUAGAACAAUUGGCUUUUCAAAUGCUUCAUUAG